AUGGGCGAAACAGCAGAAAAUUUGAAUUAUGAUUGCAACUACAACAUGUUUCUGGCAAAGAUUAUGCUCUCUAAUUUACCCACGAAUGAAGAUAGGCAAAAAGCGAUUAAAUGGAUGAAAAAAUUAACAAAUUGUAAUAGAUCCAUUGAAGAGAUGAAGUUACGGAAUGACUUUAUGUAUUAUUUAGUCGUUAACAUUCAACAAGGUGAACUACAGCCUCCUUUUACAGAAAACCCUCCCUCUAGUACCCUACCAAACAUCGCCCAUCUUUUGCCGGGCGGUAUAGCAGAAGCGGAAGCUCCCGAAGAUGAGAAGCCGCCUACUAAACAACCAAUGUUGUAUGAAAAAUCUCCAGACGGUGGAGCAUUUUUAGCAGCUCAACCUGUGCCGCGAUGUGGAGCGUUUUGUUAUUUAGCCGUAGUGGCUAGAGAUCCGAAAUCUAGGGACUGAUGUUGAUUCAUUUAUGU